ACAACAACAUCAGUAGUAGUUUUUCUUUUCUUAUCAAAAAAACAUCAGUUGUAGUUUUUUUCUUUUUAAGAUAAAUCAACAUAGGAUUAGUUAAACUACUUUAACUUAGUCCUUAAGAAGGAGAGAGAGGGAGAGAUGUGAGUACUUGCUUUCUGAAUUUUUCUGACUGAGGAAGCAACGAAUAUUGAUAUUUCAACUGAAAUACUUUCUUGGGGUAAUACAAAAAACCAUUGAUCUGAUUGGCUGACACAGACAAUCUUUCAUUCUGGGUUAUCAUCACCAUCAUCAUCAUCAUGGAAUCGACCAGUUUUGUCUUUUAACUGGAGACGAUGUCACAAGCUGAUGUCUCUUACAGUUGUGGGUCUUGUGGAUACCCUCUGAAUUUGAUAUCUUCAAAUCGGAUUACUUCUGGCAUAGACUCUGAAUACAGCAAAUCCAUAAAGAAAGGUUUAAUCUCCUUUAUUUCGGUUGAUCUCAGUCGAUUCACACAGGUUGAUGAGGUAAAUUGUUUUCCUCUAAGUUGGGGUCGUUAUCGUUCAAAAACCAAACUUUUGUGUCGUAAAUGUGGAGUUCAUGUUGGCUAUGCAUAUGGUGACACAACUGCUCUUUGUGGUUUUGAUUCUCCCAAUUCAUCAAACUCAGCUUAUAAAAAAUUCACUGUAAAGAUUCGAGCUUUGCAACCUUCUGAAGAGUGAUUUAGACGGUUGACAUGGAGGGUCAUUCCAAUAUUGGUUUAACUUCCAUCAUGCACCUUCCUGAUGAUUGUCUUUACUUCAUUUUUCAAAGGCUUGAUUGUUUCACAGAUCGUGAAUCGUUUGGCCUGACUUGCCAACGAUGGCUCCAAAUUCAAAACCAUAGCCGACGCUCCUUACAGUUCGCCUGUUCAUUCACCCAUUUGAGUCUUUCUUCAUUAGGCCACCCCAAUUUUAACUUCCAUUCCUUCCAUCUCAAUAGGGUGCUCACUCGCUUUCAGAAUUUACAGUCUUUAUCCUUAGCCGGUUGCAUAUACCUAACCGAUUCAGCCUUGGCACCACUACAGUUUUAUGGUUCAAACUUGCAAGCUAUUCAUUUCGAUUGUUGUUUUUGUAUCACUGAUAAUGGAUUUUCCAUUGCUGCUACUGCUUGCCCCUUACUAACACGAGUUAGUCUUUACCGAUGCAAUGUUACUGAUGUUGGGUUAGCAAAUUUCGCUAAAGCUUGCUCGGGUCUAAAACAAGUAAACCUCUCACACUGCUCAUACAUUUCUGACCAUGGAUUAAGGACCCUUGUUAAUGGAUGUCAUCAACUUCAAGCAGUAAAAAUAUCAUUCUGUAGCCGUAUAACUGGCAUUGGCUUCAGAGGUUGUUCAUCAACUUUAGCUUAUGUAGAAGCCGAGUCUUGUGAUCUAGAGCCACAAGGCAUAGGUGGACUAGUGAGUGGAGGUGGUUUAGAGUAUUUGGAUGUUUCUUCUCUAAGCUGGCAUGUAGGCAGAGAUGGCUUGGUAGCUAUAGGAGCAGGACUUGGCUCGAGUCUGAAAAUCUUAAACCUCAGGCUGUGCAGAACUGUGGGCGACGAGUCAAUUUCAGCGAUUUCAAAAGGGUGUCCCUUACUUCAAGAGUGGAACUUAGCAUUGUGCAAUGAGGUAAGGAUCUCUGGAUGGGUUUCUAUUGGAAUGAACUGCCAUAACUUGGAGAAACUUCAUGUGAACCGAUGUAGGAACCUAUGUGAUAACGGGUUGAUGGCUUUGCGAAAUGGGUGCAGAAGGCUCUCGGUUUUGUACAUGAGCCGCGGUGGGAAGAUCACUUCUACAGCAAUUGAGAUGUUCAAAUGUUAUAGAGGAGAUGUUGUUAUUAAGGAUGAAGAGAUUAUGACAAUGAGUAUAGGACUUCAAUAUUUUAUUUGACUAUCUCUUUUACAAACUUGCUUGGCUUGUGCUUUGCUGCAUAUCUCUCACUCUUUCUAAUUAAUUAUAAAUUAAUUGUUUAAACUUGGGAUCUA